AGCUCGGUACAUCCGAAGAUUCAAUCGAAUUUUCACUUCGUAUCUUCGCGAUAAGAUAGGCGGCAAUUAAUUGAUAAACUAUAUCUGAUAUCCACUGAUCAUGCCGAUAUAACGAAUAACCGAGUUAUCAAAGCAAUAUGUAAACAGAUUAUAUCAUAUGUGUGAGUUCAUGACAAUUGAAUUUUAACUCGGUCGUACUUUUGGCAAAUCAUGAUCACGUGUUAUCUCCAAUUACCUUCGAUCGCGACGACGAGGUAAAUCAAAUCAAUUCAUAAAAAGGAGGUAUACAUGAGAGGUAGACGAUUAGUUGUUUUAGAAUUGUGAUCAUUUCCGUUUUAUUAGAAAGGACGACGAUCCCCAUCUACUGAAAUAGUACUUGUAACACGUGUCAUGGUAUAUAUUUGUGUGAUAAUUAUUAGAAUAUAUCAUUGAAAAAACUAUUUUUGAUAAAAACUUAAUUCGGGACUCGCGGCCUGUGAACUUAUCGCUCGUAGAGUAACGGAAUCUAUUCGAUUUCUAAAAUUAGUUAUUGACAACGUUGAAAUGAAUUCGAACUUCAGGAUCGAAGACAAUAUACUGAAGGGAAGAGAGUUCUCCGAUCCAGUGAUAAAUGGCUAUACCAGCAUUGGAAAAUUCAUACUGGAUAGACUGGAAGGUACACCAGAUUUGGUGGGUGAGAUCGAUACCGUGACCGAUGAAAAAUACACCUACGGAAUUAUGCGGGAGAAGAGCGUGAGAUGCGCCUUGUGGAUGAAGUCGCAAGGCUUAGUCCCUGGCGAUGUCAUCGCGAUCUGCUCUCACAAUACGCUAGACAAUGCCAUGCCUGGCUUGGGAGCCUUGUAUAUCGGUGUAGCCUUUUAUCCUUGGGACACGGAAUCGACUACAAAGAAUUUCCAACAUUACAUGGAGACCACGAAACCCAAGAUAGCGUUCGUUCGCAAAGAGACAGCUUUCGCUGUAGCUGAAGCGGCAAAGCAGAUAAAACAUGACAUAAAGAUAAUCACGUUCUCUCAAGUCCCUGGAUUCUUAGACUACGAGAGUCUGAUCAGUAACGCGAAUGAGGGUGAGGUCGAGAAAUUUGCGUGCACUCCGAUUGGAAAACGGGAGAUCGCUGUUAUUUCGUCUACAUCUGGGAGCACAGGGCCACCGAAGGGUGUUGCUUUAAGUCACGGGGCUUUGCUUGAGCUGAUGCAUCAAUCAUAUGCCUUGGGCAUAACGGAUGGAAUCUGUCUCAUAUUUUCAUCUCUAUCAUGGCUGACCGGAAUUAUUAGCUUGUUCGCGACUAUAUAUCGGAAUAUUCCCCGUUUGAUAUCGCCACCUUUUGACGAAGAGUCUGUAUCCAUGAUCAUAAAGAAAUACAAGGUCGAUUGUGUAUUUCUAACUCCUAGCAUGAUCAAUAGAUUACUCAGAUCCGACAUUCCGUGGAGUAGCAAUUUUUCCUCCGUUAAACGUGUAUGCACAGGUGGUUCAGCCCUAAGUGUUACGUCUCGACAAGACUUAAUGAAAGUUUUACCCAACAUCGUUUUCACCAUGGGCUAUGGAACAACAGAAAUAGGCGGUUGCGUGUGUGUGCAGACGGCUGAUUCAAAGCCUGGAUCAUGUGGUUUCAUCGUCAAGAAUGCCCAAUUGAAAGUCAUCGAUGUGACCACAGGGCAAACGCUGGGUCCCAAUCAGCGGGGCGAGCUGCUCAUGAAAACUUCGAAUAUGAUGAGCUUUUACUAUAACAAUCCGAAAGCUACAGCUGAUACAGUCGACGAAGAAGGGUGGAUACGCUCCGGAGAUCUCGGCUACUAUGACGAAAACGGCGAGAUUUUUAUAGUUGACAGGUUGAAAGAAUUGAUUAAGUAUCGUGGUUAUCACGUGUCGCCGUACGAACUAGAAGCCAUUCUCUCAUCUCAUCCCGGGGUGAAACAAGCAGCUGUCGUAGGACAGCCACAUCCCGUUGACGAUGAACAUCCGAUUGCUUUUGUGGUACCAGCUCCGGGCAGAAAAGUGACUGAAAAGGAGUUAGUUGAUCUCGUGGCCUCUGAAGUGUCAGAAACUAAACGUCUACGUGGUGGCGUUAGAUUUAUCGACGAAAUGCCGUACACAGCCUCAGCUAAAUUCGAACGUUCAAAAUUGCGUCAAUGGGCGAGGUCCGAGAUAGAACAUUCGAAUUGACUCGCAUACAUCAAUCUUCACAAAGUUCAUGAUUGCCACGUAAAAUUUUUGGAAUGGAUGGAAUUAUUCGGAUGCAUUACAAAGCGGGUGCCAUUGUGUUCACAGAAAAAAUUAUAAAUAGAAUAUAAUAAAUAAAAGCACCCUGCACAAUCUAAGGAGAUGUUCUAGAUACGCGUUCAGGACGAUGAUUGAUUGAUGGUGAACAAAAAAAAAAACAUACUAGACACGAAUAAACGUUCGAAUGAUGAUAAAUACGUAAUUAAAACUUGUAAAUGUGUUCAGAACGUAAUGUAUAUAUUUGUGUGAGCAGCUGUACCUAAUACGAAAAAUAAAACAAACAUUAUGUAUCCA